UGCGCAGUUAUGUUUUAAAAGUGGUGUUGGCGUUAGCGUUAGCGCAUGCGCAGUAAUCUUCCCCUCCCUUCCGCCCACUGGGUCUAGUCUUAAAUCCACCCUACUCUUCGUCCUCCUUCUCCUCCUGCUCCUCCUCCUCCUCCUCCUCCUCCUGUACACUUCACUGACUACUGCUUCAUCAUCACAACUUGCUGAUGUCUGUUCCAUGGCAGCGGAGUGAUGACUUUUCUUCCGUUAGUUCCAACAAGGGGUGAACUAGGAUGAAAGUUGUCUUUGUCAAUCAGCGACCAUCAAUUGACUGACGUCAACAUGUAGAAGGAGCACGUGAGGAGACACGUUUGUCGGUCGAGUUUCGAAGUAAAGCCAACAGAAGUCCAACAGAGAGGAUGAACGUUGUCUGGAUACUUCUCCUUUUCAUUGAGGAGGGAUUUGCUCGGGCUCAAAAGACUGCAGAGCAAGGUGCUGUGUCCAAAGUGGUGAAACCGUCGCCUUCACAGAGGCCGGCAUAUUCUCGUCACUGUGGGAACUGGAUAAGACACGCAGACGGCGGCACAUUCAGCUCUCCUAACUACCCCAACACUUACCCUCCUAACAAGGAGUGUUUGUACGUGCUGGAAGCGCUGCCCCGGCAGAGGGUCGAGCUGCUGUUCGACAAGGCUUUCUACAUUGAGGCAUCCUUUGAGUGUCGUUUCGACCACAUCGAGGUGCGCGACGGCCCCUUCAGCUUCUCACCACUCAUUAAUCGCUUCUGUGGCGCCACCUGUCCGGGACUGGUCCUCUCCAGCGGCCGCUUCAUGUGGAUUCGCUUCUUCAGUGACGAGGAGCUGGAAGGCAUCGGCUUCCAGGUCCACUACAGCUACACGGCAGACCCAGAAUUCCAUCUUCAUGUGGGAGGACUUUUAAACCCCAUCCCAGAUUGCCAGUUUGAGCUGACUGGUGCUGACGGCCUGAUCCGGUCCAGCCAGGUUGAGGAGGAGUACAAGGUGAAGCCAGACCAGGCCGUGGACUGCAUCUGGACCAUACGUGCCCCAUCCAAAAACAAGAUUUACCUGCGAUUCUUAGAAUAUCAGAUGGAGAACUCCAAUGAAUGUAAGAAGAACUUUGUGGCUGUUUAUGAUGGCAGUAAUGCCAUUGAGGACCUUAAGGCAAAGUUUUGUAGCACAGUGGCCAACGACAUCAUGCUGGACACAGGCGUGGGCGUGGUGAGGAUGUGGGCAGAUGAGACCAGCCGCCUCAGCCGCUUUCGGAUGCUCUUCACAUCUUUUGCAGAUCCCCCCUGCAUAGGCAGUGCUUUCUUCUGCCACAGCAACAUGUGUAUCAACAACUCUCUGGUGUGCAACGGUGUACAAAACUGUGUCUUUCCCUGGGACGAAAGCAACUGCAAAGAGAAGAAGCAAAAAGGUAUUUUCCACCAUAUCACAAAGACCCAUGGCACAGUCAUCUGCGUGUCCACCGGAGUGGUGCUGCUGCUGCUCAUCAUCUCCAUCCUGGUGCAAAUCAAGCAGCCACGCAAAAAGGUGUUGGUACGUAAGAAUAACUUGUUCCAUCGUGGAGACUUCCAGGAGACAUUUGAGCCUCCACAUUAUGAACUACUCACUCUCAGAGAAAAGCUGUCUGCGGACCUUGGAGAGCUCUCAGAGGAACUCCAGUCCUUGCAGGCCCUCCGGAGGUCCUCGUCGGGCUCACGCUGCGUCCACGAGCACCACUGCGGCUCUCAGGCCUCCCUCAACUCCAUCAAAGCCGGUCAGGGCACUCAUGGAAUGGGACGUGGAUCCCUGGACCUUCCCGCAUUUAGAGGCGAGCUCCAGAGAUCCUUGCCUCCUCUGCGGGACUCCAACAGCAGUCUGCGGAAGAAGAGCUGGCCCAGCGUAAAGGCCGUCACCGCCAUGCAGGGCCAAUACAGCCUGGCGGAGCGAUCAGUGAGGCGGCAGGACAGAGUGAUGGAGGAGGAGGAAGACGAGGAGGAUGGGAGCUAUGAUGUCUAUGUGCGCAGAGCUGGGAACAGAAGAGGGAAGUAUGAGAUGGCCCAGCAAAGAUCUUUAUCCAUGGAUUUUUAAAAAAACAGAAAUGCAGCAUUUGUGCCACAGCUGGAACAAAGUCACAAAGUAAGUGUUGGCUUUUUAUACAUAGGAUUAAUCAAAUGUGUUCUUAUUGUAAGUGUGACCAUUGUGCUUGGUUUCUUUAAUUGUAAAGACAAGAAAAUGGUUGUAAAAAUGUUUUGGACACAGCCUGCAAUGGAAAAUACUUUGGAUUUGAUAGAAUAAACGCCAGCAAAUUUUA